GAUGGCGCAAUUUAGCAUGCGAACGUCUAUCAUUCAGUCAGCACUGCUUUCAUUUCUAAAUCUGAAAGUAUAAAGUUAGCUCUCGGCUCAACAUUUGUACGAGCGAGCAAUGUCCAAAAUCAAGAACAUAAUUUGGCCUCAAGUGAUUUUAUUUGGCGACUCGAUCACACAGUUUUCAUUCCAACCGAAUGGAUGGGGUUCCGAAAUUGCAAAUCAACUAGCCAGAAAAUGUGACGUUGUGAACAGAGGGUUGUCCGGCUACAACUCCAGGUGGGCAAAGAUUGUCUUGCCUCGCCUCAUCUCCAAGGACAGUGCUUCAAGCAACCACAUAGCUGCUGUCACGGUCUUCUUUGGUGCCAACGACUGUGCUUUAGAAGAUAAGAACCCACAGCAGCACAUCCCAUUGCAGGAGUACUCCGAGAACCUGAAGGACAUUGUCAAACACCUGGGGUCUGUGGGUGUGUCUGCAGACAAGGUCAUCUUCAUCACUCCUCCACCUCUGCAUGAGCCAGCCUGGGAGAAGGAGUGUGUCCUGAAAGGCAGUGCUCUGAACCGUCUCAACUCUGUGGCUGGCCAGUAUGCCCAGGCCUGUGUGCAGGCUGCCGGUCAGUGUGGGGCAGACGUGCUGGACCUCUGGACUCUCAUGCAGAAAGAUGGACAGGACUUCACAGGCUACCUCUCAGACGGGCUCCAUCUCUCUGACAAGGGCAACCAGUUUGUGUCACAGCAUCUGUGGACGCUGUUGAAGAGCAGGGUGGAGGAGUUACCCUUCAUCCUGCCUUAUUGGGGCGACGUAGACCCUAAAGAGCCAGAGAGUGGUCUACUGUGUGACUGAUGGCCCUCAGGCUGAGUGAGAGGGGAAGGGUAGAGAUGGGGCCUCAGGUCCACUGGUCGGCGACGGUAAUGGGAUGACACUGAAAGGGGUUGGAAUCAGUCCUCAUUCCAUAAGACUGAAAUAUAUAAAACCAUGAUGACAUGUUUUAAAUGUUCUUUUUAAAUUUCCUGAGGUCUGUGUUGAAACACAUUAUUUUUUAGAAUGUGUGUGUUCACUGUAAGCAAGAAGCCAGUUUCAAGUGGGCAUACACAUUUUAUUCAUCCAGGUCAUUGAGUACACCCUGCACAUGAAACAGGACAGUCAGAAGACAUAUGGAGUCGAGUUUCCCCUCGCAUCUCAGAGCUAAUACUAUGAUGUAGGCUUAUACUCACGAUAUCUGUGGACAAUAGGCUAUUAUAACAAAGCUGCAGAAUGCCCUUGGCCCACAAGCAAACAUUUCAACAUAUACGCAAGUACUCAUCACCUAAUAUACAGGAAAUGGUGAAAAGAUUCUACAAGCUGAUAGGUAUUCAUUCAUCAUUGGCACAAGAAUAUUCCAAAGGGCUUACGGAGCUUAGAAAUAGCAGUUCCCAUUAGUAAGCACAAAUUUCAUCUGGGGUGACAUUCCCGUUGCCUACAGUACAUACAGAAAUAAGGAGCAGUGGUCAAAAUGAAAACAAUUCGGCUCAACUUCAGAAAUAAGGCACUAGUGUUGUGGAUUUAAAAAAAUUAAAUAAGAAGUUUGUCAACAAAUAA